AUGGCAACAGCACAGUUGCUUCGCCUUCCCGAGGUGCAAGCCUGCAUAGAGUCCGAUUUCCUCCUCCUGCCUUGCGAUCUCGUCUGUGAAAUCGAGGGCACAUAUCUGCUACAGAUGUGGACGGCAUCUCAAGGUCAGGCCGUAAUGGCCGAAGAAGAAAGGCACCGUCGAGGCGGUCUUUGUAUGUAUUAUCAUGCGGAAGAUGCAGUGAAGUAUGAGAGCUUGGAUCUGAUAGCUGUUGAGCCACUUCGGCAGACCAGGCUAUUGAAACUGCUCAUGUCUAUCGGGAUUGAUACUGUGAAAAGAAACCUGGACCGUGAUAAAGGUUUUCUUCUUCGUCAAUCCUUUUCAAAGCGGCAAACCACACAAGCUAAGAUAUUGACUGGCUUUCGCGAUGCACACCUCUACAUUUUCCCAUACUGGGUCAAGGACCUCGUACAGCGUCAGGAAAGAGUAGUAUCUGUCAGCGAAGAUCUCAUUGGGCUAUGGGCCAAGUCUGCAUGGCAGCGAGGACUACAUAAAAAGCUAGGGAUGGAUACUCGUUUGAGCCAGCAGAAAGAAAGCCAUGAAGAGAAGGGCUACCGGGAAUUGAGCACAGUCACCCACCAAUCACCACAGAACGAUGUCGCGGGAGUACCGCCUCUUCUAGCAUAUCUGCAUACAGGGUCUACACUUGUCCGUCGUGUUGACAACCCCGCUCUUCUACUGUCAACAUCCCUUCGUCUGGCCAAACAGGCAUCCAUUGAAGAGGCCAACCAUAUAGCUACUCGAUCCCCCUUCGCCCACGACCGAAAGAUUGCCUCUCCUCAAUGUGUGGCUCCAAACUGCUUUAUUUCGAAGGCAGACUGCCUCCUUGGAUCCAACGUACUUGUCGAGAGUCGUUCUGUUAUAAAAGAAUCUUGUAUUGGCCCAAACUCCAAGAUCUGCAGCGGUGCUCGAAUUACGCGAUGCGUCAUUCUUGAUAACGUUGUUGUUGGAGAACAUUGUGUCUUGACUGGAUGUGUAGUUGGGAGCCACAGUUAUAUCGGCAAUGGCUCGGUGCUGAUGGAUUGUGAGGUUCAGGAGUUUAAUGUUGUUCCUGAACAAACUGAGGCUAAAAAUGAGAAGUUUAUGCCACUUUUGGAAGAUCUUGAGGAGGAUUCAGAUGCUGGCAUGUUUGUGGAAAGUUGCUAG